AUGCCUGGCCGACCCAAUAAUAAGUCGGACUCCACAGACAUGGAGGGAAUCGCAGUCAUUGGAAUGGGAUGUCGGUUCUCUGGGGGAGCCAACUCCGUCGAGAACUUCUGGCAGAUGCUAUGCGAUGGACGAACUGGACAUGGAACCAUCCCAGAGAGCCGGUAUCAAGCUUCGGCUUGGCACCAUCCUAGCCAUGAGCGUAAAGGAGCGAUCAAUCAUGACAGUGGCUUCUUUAUCCAAGAAGACCCGUCUCGUUUUGAUGCCCCCUUUUUCUCCAUUACUGCCAAAGAGGCGGCGGGUAUGGAUCCGGCCCAGCGAUUGCUGCUGGAGGUCGCGUAUGAGACAUUUGAGAACGGUGGAAUUCCGAUAGACACACUUCCUGGCAGUAACACAGCAGUUUACUCGGGCUCAAUGACCAAUGAUUAUGAGCUUUUAUCUACCCGAGAUAUCUACGACAUGCCGCAUAAUUCUGCCACUGGAAACGGAAGAACUAUGCUGGCCAACCGAUUGUCCUGGUUCUUUGAUCUUCAAGGCCCAAGUAUUAUGAUGGACACUGCGUGUUCAUCAAGUUUGACAGCGGUUCAUUUAGCCGCGCAGGCCUUGCGCGCUGGAGAAUGCGGAAUGGCCAUGGUCACUGGAGCUAGUCUCAUCUUACACCCUAAUUUUACACAGAGACUCUCCUACAUGCACAUGAUGAGCCCGGAUGGCACAAGUCAUUCAUUUGACGAAUCGGCUAACGGUUAUGGCCGAGGAGAGGGCAUCGGAGCUGUGCUUUUGAAGCCUUUGAGCGCCGCGCUGGCUGACGGCGAUAAUAUCAGGGCCGUCAUUCGCGGUACUGGAAUCAACCAGGAUGGCCGGACCCCUGGUAUCACUUUGCCCAGCCCAACAUCGCAGGCAAAUUUGAUCCGCUCAACAUACCAACGUCACGGUAUCUCGAUGAGGGACACUGCGUAUUUCGAAGCCCAUGGAACCGGUACUCCGGUCGGAGAUCCCAUCGAGCUUUCAGCAGUUGGAAUGACAUUGGGUGAGGCAAGAACACCCACAGAUGAUCCCAUCUAUGUGGGGUCUGUCAAGACAAACCUGGGUCAUACCGAAGGAGCAGCGGGUGUGGCCAGUUUGAUCAAGGUCGUUCUUUGCUUGGAAAAAGCCACGUUGGUGCCAAAUGCUGGAUUCAAGAACAUCAACCCUAAGAUUCGCACCGAUGAGUGGAGAAUCCGAUUGAGCGACAAGACGAUGCCUUGGCCAGAGCACCUGCCCCAGCGAGCCAGUAUCAAUUCGUUCGGAUUUGGUGGAUCGAAUGCCCACAUCAUUCUGGAAAGCACAAAGGAGGCUUUCCAGGAGAAUGUGGAAGACAGAGAGCCAGCUCCCCGCGUGGUGGUUUUCUCUACAUUUGAUCAAGCUGGUAUUGAGCGUCUCGGUGGCAACUGGAGUGACUUCUUGUUGCGCCAGAAGCAGACCGAGCUGGAGAUUCCACUCAAUGACCUCGCGCACACCAUGCUUACCCGACGCUCGCAGUUGGGAUUCCGCAGCUUUGCAGUUGCCAACUCCCAAGACCAGUUGCAGGGCAUCUUGGCCAAGGGACUUCCCAAGUUUGCGAGAGCUAGCCGAAAGGCUUUGACACGGAUUGCGUUUGUAUUUACAGGCCAAGGCGGCCAAUGGGCCGGAAUGGGUCGUGAACUCUUGAGAAUCGGCACAUUCCGUGAUAGCAUGGCACGAUCUCAGGAUAUUCUGACAUCGUUGGGUUGCUCCUUCGAUAUUGUGGAAGAGAUCAAAUUGGACGCCAAGGAAAGUCAAAUUAACAGACCUGAUCGCAGCCAGCCUAUCACCUGUGCACUGCAAAUCGCUUUGGUUGAUCUUCUGUCCAGCUGGUCUGUCUUUCCCAAUGCUGUUGUCGGGCAUUCUAGUGGUGAAAUUGCUGGCGCAUAUGCUGCAGGAUAUCUUUCUCAUGCCGAUGCCUUGCGAGUCGCAUGGUUCCGAGGUUUCUUCUCACAGCAGAUUGCCGAGAGCGACAAGAGAGGUGGUAUGCUUGCCACCGGAAUUUCCUCCACAGACGCCCAGAAGUAUCUGGACGAGCUGCCUCCACGAUCGGUUGUGGUUGCCUGUGUCAACAGCCCUUCCAGCACGACCCUCUCUGGAGAUGUUGACCAAAUUGAUCUACUCGAAAAGAAGUUGCAGCAAGACGGCCACUUCGCUCGCAAGCUUCGCAUCGACACAGCGUACCACUCCCCGCACAUGGAAGAGCUCGUGGAGGUGGUCGGCAAUGCUAUCAAAUCCAUCAAGCCCGAAAACCGAUAUGACGACACGAUUCCCAUGCUUUCAUCUGUCACCAAAGAGCGUGUUUAUGGGCCGGACGUGGGCGGAGGAGCAUACUGGGUGCGAAACAUGGUGAGCUCGGUCGAGUUCACGGCCGCGGUUUCCCAGCUUGCGAAGCUGAGUGAGUCCACCAAGGGGCGUCGUCGUCCAGUUCCUAUCAAGUGGACUUGUUUGAUCGAAAUUGGCCCACACGCGGUGCUGAAGGGCCCGGUCAACCAGAUCUUGCAAGCGGUCAACAAAAAUAUGGCCGUGCUUCCUUACUACUCUUUGGUUUCGCGUAACCAGCAUGCUUUGCGAACCGCCCUUGAGGCCGCUGGGUCUCUUUGGAGUACAGGACACGCUGUCGACCUUUCCGUUGUCAAUGCCGCAGUCGAUGCCACAAAGCCCACCAUGCUUGCCGAUUUGCCCUCCUAUCCCUGGAACCACCAAACCUCGUUCUGGCACGAGCCCGUCGAGACAGCACAGCUGAGACAGCGCAAGCACCCCCGACACGAUAUUUUGGGAGCUGCUGUAGACUACCAAAACGCGCUGGAGCCCAGAUGGAGAAAUUUCCUCCGCGUCUCGGAAAACCCAUGGCUUGUUGAUCACGUCGUUGCCGGCUCGAUUGUCUUCCCGGCAGCCGGAAUGCUAGCCAUGGCCAUCGAAGCGGGGCGACAGCUCGCCGACGGUCAUGCCGUCAAGGGGAUAGAGUUCCAAGAUGUCCAAUUCAUGCGUGGUGUGGUAAUUCCAGAGGAGGAGCGCGGUUUGGAAACCCUUCUCCAAUUGUCUCCUCACCCUGGAUUGCCCGGCUGGUACCAAUUCAGCAUUUUCUCACUUCCCUCCGGAGGUGGCUGGAUUCAACACGCGAAGGGCUCCUUUGCUACGCGGUACGAGAAUGAAGUUGACGAAGAGCGGAAGGCAAACUGGUCGGCAUCGCUGGAGCGGAUUAAGAACACACAAACCACUGCGAAAAUGGCCGACAUCAGACAAGCCUAUGAAUGGCUGUCUGUCACAGGAGGACUUACUGUCGGCCCUGCAUUCAAGACGAUCACCGGUGUCUCUUUCUGCGAUGCAGAGCCCCGUAUCUGGCUCUCUGGUGUUGUGACCGACACAAAGUCGGGCAUGCCUUACGAGCAGGAAACACCCAGCUUUAUCCACCCCACCACUUUGGAUUGUCUUUUCCAGUCUGCUCUUUUGUCUUGCUCCGAAGCUCUCGAGAGUCAGAAUGCCAACAUCCCAGUUGGAGUAGACAACAUCUAUAUCUCGAACAACUUCCAACCCAAAACCGGCGAGCAAUUCGUCGUUCACACUGAGACAAAGUGGCAGGAUGGCAAAUCGAGAUCCCACUGUGUUGCAUCCGAUCCUUCGUGGUCGCAACCUUGGAUCUCAUUUGAAGGUGUCCACCUCGGUCGCCUUCCCUAUAACAACACGCAGAAGCAGGAGGAGUCAUCAACCCAAAGCCGGUACUCAUCUAUUGUCUGGGAAGAACACCUGGAGUCACCUCUUGUCACUGGUGAGAUCCACGACGGUGCCAAGAAGAUUGCAGUGGAGGCCAGCAGUCUACAAUUGACUGAUUGGAUGAAACGACUCUGCCACACAUGUGGUGAUGCCAGCGCCUUGAUUGCCACAUCCAGCAAAGCAAGCGCCUGGGCUGAAACCCUUCCUGGGUUGACCCCGGGUGCUGGAAGUCGACCUUGUCUUGGAAAGGUCACUGUCGCACCCUGCGGCUCCCACGAAGAGGAUAUCGACAUCGUUGGCGCUCGUAUGACCCCUCUGGAUGCGCUUGACCAGCUUCCAUCAUCGCCGAUCGCGGAAGGGAAGUAUGAUCUGGUCAUAAUUGACGAUGAGGAGCACCCCUGGAACGAGAAAACAUCUCAGGCCAUUGGGUCACUUCUGCCAAAGAUCGUCGAUCACGGAGGCCUCGCAGCAAUGCGUGUGUCAGAUGAUAACUUGAACUCCGCAGUCAGCAUAUUGCAGGGCGUUGAAGGUCUCCAAAUCCACAGUGUGACCCAAGAUCGCAAGUUCAUCAUCGUUCGCCGCACUCCGGUCUCAUGGAGCACCGACACUGAGAUCUAUGUAUUGAGCCCAGCAGACAACACAAAGUCUGUUGGCGUCUUCGAUCACCUCCAAAAGAUUUUCGCCUCUCAUAAUGUCCAACUCAUCUCUGUUGGGCUGGACCAGGUGUCUACGCUCGAAGGAAAGACUGUGAUUUCUUUACUCGAUUUGGCAGGCCCUUGGGUGUCCAAGUGGACAGAGAAAGACCUCAAACACCUCCAGGGUAUUGUCAAGGCGCAAUAUGUGCUCUGGACCUCUCCCUUCUGGGACCAAGGAGAUGCUGAAAACAUUGAGUCUGGAGCCACAGGUGGUCUUCUGAGAACACUUCGCAACGAGCAAUGGAACACCACAAUCCCUCACCUCCUUGCUGAUGUGGAGGACAUGGAAGACCAAUUUGGACUGGCCUGCGGUAUACUUCAAGUUAUGCAGCUUACCACCCAGGAGAACCCUCGUCGCCCAGAUCUCGAAUAUCGACUGACCAACGGAAAGCUGUUGGUUCCUCGGGUUCUCAAAACUACCGACGUGGAUGAGGCUAUGCAUACCCUGAUAGAGGGUCCCAGACCUGUCAUGUCAGAGCUCAGCGAAGACUCCAGACCGCUGGAGUUGAAGCUUCAAGAUGCAGAGAAUGCAAUCUGGCAGGAACAGCAGGUUUCUGAAGACCAACUUUUACCGGAUCACACCGAGCUGAAGGUUGAAAUGGCCACCAUCUUUGAUGUUCAGGGAGACUCUGGAAAGACUCCCGAGACAGCUUUGCCCAUGUUUGAGAUUGUGGCUAGUGUCACUCGCAUUGGAUCCGGUGUCCGUGAUUCUGCUGUUGGAGACAAGGUCUUGACACUGGCCUCCGCAGACGCCGGGCUCCCAACCACAAUGCGGGUCCCUGAAAGUGAUACUAUCAGGAUCCCCGCCAACACCGAGCCUACCAAAGCAAUCUCGGCGCCUCUUGCAUACCUCAACGCUUACCAGAUCAUCACUCAGAUCGGUCGCCUUAGUGCAAGUUCCUCCGUGCUCUUUGUUGGAUCACCAAGUCAGACACUUCAAGCUAUGAUCGAUUACUCCCUCGCCUUGAACAUUCAGAUCAUUGUCGCCACGGCCUCCCAGGAAGCUACUGAGUCCCUUCGCGCCCGUUACCCCGCGCUGGCUGAUCGCAUUGUUGGCAUCCACAGCGGUCUGGAGUCAAGUGUAUCCAGGCUUACUAACGGAUGUGGAGUUGACGCCAGUAUCUCUUUCUUGGGCGGCUAUGCCGGUCGCAAUGCUGCCAGGUGUCUGGUUUCUGGUGGUCAAUACAUCAAUCUGUCCGGCGAUAUGAAGCUUAGUGCUCUGCCCGACUCCUUCAUUGACAGUGGCUGCACUUUCUCCUCGCCCAAACUGCAGAAGACAUUCUCGGAGAAGCCUGGUAGUCUACAUGCCUCAGUUCGUCAUGUCAUAGACUUCAUGAAGCAACACCGGAUGCUGGACCAAGUCGAGCCUUACUCUAUCUUCCCCAUCUCUGACGUCGCAGGCGCUGUCAAGAAGUGCAAGGAAACUAACACCCGAGCUAUCGUGGAUUUCCAGGCUCCUGGAAAGGUUCCAAUUGUUCUUCCCCUGCCUGAUCUUGCUGGCUUGCCCGCUGAGAGUACAUACAUUCUCGCUGGUGGUUUAGGAAAUCUGGGUCUUGCACUCGCCGAGACCUUGGUUCAGUCUGGAGCCCGCCACUUGGUCUUCCUUGGACGAUCUGGUGGAGCCCAACCCUCUCAGCAGGUGGCACUUGAUUUACUUCGUGGCCAAGGAUGUCAGAUUGAUGUUCUUCGCUGUGAUAUCUCUCAACAGGGAGAUAUUGAUCACCUUGCGUACAAAAUCCGGAGCAAGAACUGGACUGUUGCAGGCGUGAUCCAAUGCACUACAGUUCUUAAGGAUGCCAUGUUCGAGAAUAUGAACUUUGAAGAGUGGUCCAAAUCUACUGACUCCAAGAUUCGAGGUACAAUGAACUUGCACAACUUGUUCUCCAAGAAGGAGGACUUGAAGUUCUUUGUUGCCUUGUCUUCCGUGGCCAGUGUCAUUGGAAAUAUGGGUCAAGCAAACUACUCCGCCGGCAACGGUUUCAUCGAUGCUCUCAUGGAGUGGCGACGUAACCACGGUUUGGCUGGACAUUCUAUUAACAUCGGACUCGUUCCCGAUGCUAGUGGUAUGAGUGACAUUGCCGAAGACCAAGAGCAGCGUCGUCGUCGAUACAAGCAUCUCGAGGGCACAGAGAUCAUGACCCACGAGAUCCAGACUUUGCUGCGGGUAAUCAUCAACAGCAAGCUCUCCCUUCCAUCUCAAAUCAUUGCUGGAAUGACGGACAAUUUGUCGCGCGGCAAUGGAUCUACAGCUUGGGUUUUGGAUCGCAAGUUUGACCACCGACUCUGCAUUGCCGUGGAAGAUGACGACGACUCCAAGGUCACUACUAGCUCCCUGCUACAGGCGGCCGACUCUUUGGACACAGCUACUCAGAUUGUCAUUGAUGCUCUGAGUGAAUAUUUGGCAGAUGCAAUGGCUACAACCCCCGAUGCUAUUGAUACAGACCUUCCUUUGUCUGCCUUGGGUGUCGAUUCACUCAAGGCGACAUCUGUUCAGAACUGGGUCUCCCGUGAGCUCGGUGCUGACCUUACUUCUUUCGAAUUCCUGGGAUCACAGCCAACAAAGGCUCUGGCCAAGAAAAUUGCCUCGGCCAGCUCGUUUGUCUCGGAAUCGAGCUAA